CUUUGAUGUGGCAUCUGCUCCUCCGACAGCGAUUCACCAAUAAAUGCUGAAAUAUUUCCAUCAGCCUACAAGUGAAGAAGAUUGAAAACAUGAAUGAUCCAGAACCCUGCAGAAUAAAACGGGAAGAUACAGAAGAACAAAGCGGUGAUCCAGAGCCCUGCAGAAUAAAACAGGAAGACAAUGAAGAACAAAGAGACCUGAUAGAAGAGAACAUGGCGAUUGAAGAACCGUUUGAAGUGGGGGAGAAACAUCAUGUCAAAACUGAAGAUAAAUCCUCGAGUCCCUCAUUGAAAAGAUACAAAUUAUGUUUCACUUGCCCUGAGUGUGGAAAGAGUUUCCCAUACAAGCAAAGUCUUGAACUUCACAUUCGAAUUCACACUGGAGAGAAGCCUUUCACAUGUGGUCAAUGUGGGAAGAGCUUCUCACAAAAAAAAACCUUUAACGAACACAUGAGGAUCCACACUGGAGAGAAGCCGUACACAUGUGGUCAAUGUGGGAAGAGUUUCACACAAAAAGGAAACCUUAACAAGCAUAUGAAAAUCCACACUGGAGAGAAGCCGUACACAUGCAAUCAGUGUGGGAAGAGUUUCACACAAAAAGUAAUCCUUAACGAACACAUUAGAAUCCACACUGGAGAAAAGCCGUACACAUGUGAUCACUGCGAGAAGAUUUUCACAAUAAAAAGAAACCUUAAUGAACACAUGAAAAUCCACACCGGGGAGAAGCCAUAUGCAUGUGAUCAGUGUGAUAAGAGUUUCACACAAAAAGGAACCCUAAAGGAUCACUUGAAAAUCCACACUGGAGAGAAGCCGUACGCAUGUGAUCAAUGUGGGAAGAGUUUCACGCAAAAAAGACAGCUUAAUGAUCACAUGAGAAUCCACACUGGAGAGAAGCCGUAUACCUGUGAUCAAUGUGGAAAGAGUUUCAGAAAAUCAAGCGUCUUUAAAGUACAUCUGCUUACUCAUUCUAGAGAAAGACUACACAACUGUGACCAAUGCAGUAAAACAUUUUUUAGGGCAGAUUUCCUAAAGGACCACCUGAAAGUUCAUACAAAAGAGAAGCCUUACGUCUGUUAUAUAUGCGAAAAGAGUUUUAGUCAGAUGGGUGCAUUAAAAAUACACCAGAAAAAACACAGCGACGUGAAGGAUCAUAUUUGUUCUGAGUGUGGAAAGACUUUUUUUACAGAUGGUGCACUGAAAGUGCACCAGACUGUUCACACUACAGAGACACCUUACAAGUGUUCAUACUGUGACAAGAGAUUUAAACGGUCAGUAUAUCUGAAAAUACAUGAGAGGGUCCACACUGGAGAGAAGCCACAUGCAUGUGAUCAGUGUGGGAAGAGCUUCACACUAAAAGGAAACCUUAACGUACACAUGAAAACCCACACUGGAGAGAAGCCUUACACAUGUGAAAAGUGUGGGAAGAGUUUUGCACAUAAAUCAACCCUUAACGAACACAUGCAAAUCCACACUGGAGAGAAGCCAUACAUAUGUGAUCAAUGUAGGAAGAGUUUCACACGAAAAGAGCACCUUAAUGAACACAUGAAAAUCCACAUGGGAGAGAAGACACACACAUGUGAUCAGUGUGGGAAGAGUUUCGCACAAAAAGGAAACCUUAACGAACACAUAAAAAUCCACACUGGAGAGAAGCCGCACACAUGUGAUCAAUGUGGGAAGAGUUUCACACAUAAAGGAAACCUUAACGUACACAUUAAAAUCCACGCUGGAGUGAAGCCAUACACAUGAUCCAUAUGGGAAGAGUUACAGAAAAUCAAGUGUUUUUAAAGUACAUCUGUGUACAUAUUUUUGAGAAAGACUAUAUAACUGACCAGUGCAGUAAA